AUGAGGGAGGUUCACAAAGACAUUGAAGAUGUUGUGGAACAAAUCCUAUCAACUCUGCCUCCCAAAUCUCUUAUGCGAUUCAAGUGUGUUUCUAAAAGGUGGUAUGCUCUGAUCACCGAUCCCAGGUUUGUGGCUAAGCACUUCUCCAUUUCCAAGCAAAACAAUCGCUGUACUCCUUGCGUCCUUUUGAAACGUUUACUCCAUGAAGACAACAAUGGCGAUCAGACUCAGAAGGUAUUCUCAUUGCUUAAAUUUCGCAACAAUGUUGAUAUUGAUAUUGAUAAUGAUGGUGGCGAUGAUGAACAUAGUUUUGUUUCGGGGGUAGAGGACAUUGACAUUCCUCCUUGUUUGAGUUUAAAGACUCAAGGCUCAUCACUUCAUAUUGUUGGCCACUGUAAUGGGAUUGUCUGUCUAGUUGCAGCCCUUUCCGGUGAGGUGAUUUUAUGGAACCCAGCAAUUCAUGACUUUAAGCUUCUUCCCCUUCAACCAUACCUUCCUGAUUCUCCAGAAAUAGUUGGAUCGCCGUUGCCGGGUUGGCCUAAAGAUGUUCCCAUUAGUAUACACCGUGAUUACAUGGAUAAUUUAGGAUUUGGCUUUGAUCCUAGGUCUAAUGACUACAAAGUUGUUAACAUUGGAUUUCCUGGUGUAGAACAUCCUGCUGAUGGAUAUAAUAUUAAUCUUCCUCCGAAAACAGCUAUAUACACCUUGAGUUCCAAUUCUUGGAGAGAGAUGAAGACCUUCUCUUUGGAAACACAAUCCACUAUCCUUCUUCCUGACCGCUUCCAAGUGUACUUCAAGGGAAUGUGUUAUUGGCUUGGACGUGAGCUGCACAAGGAAAUACUUUUGUUUGAUGCGAUGACUGACGAGUUCAUUAGGAACAUUAUCAUUUUGUUUGAUAUGGCUGAUGAGGUGUUUCAUGAUAUGCUGUUACCGGAUAGUCUAUAUGAUCCUAAUGUACUUUGUUUUAAUAUGCGCCUUCUAGUGUGGAAUGAAUCAGUUGCUCUUUUUGGAAUGCGAAAUGGUAAUUCAUUCUCCGGUUCUUCUUUUGGGAUAUGGGUGAUGGAUGAUUUUGAUGGUCCAAAGAGCCGUUGGACUAAACACAUAUCUUUCGAUCUCAUUGAAAAGCCAUUGGCAUUUUUGAAGAGCGAUGAGAUCCUUAUGGCGGACACAAAGGACACAAAGGGACGCAUAUUCUCUUAUAACCUCAGCACCAAAAGGCUCAAGUAUCUUCCCAUUGAAAGCAUGCAAGAUGAUUCUGCGACUGUUGUCUAUGACAAUUACAGUAUAGUUUCAAUUUUGGGAGGCAACGAGCUGAAGAACACCGAUCGUUAUACCAAUGCUGGCUCUUCUCUUUUGGAGCACUCUUCUUUUCCGUCAAGUAUAAUAGACAAUGAAUGGCAUUCCUAUUCGGUAUGGGCGAUACUGCCAGAUGAUGUGUGUCUCAAGGUAAGGAAGGUGAUUCAGGGCCUUAGGUCGGAGUUUGGUGGUCCGGAGAUUGAACCACAUAUUACCGUUGUAGGGUCUAUUCGAAUGACACACGCAGAGGUGCUUAAUAAGUUUAGAUCUCUUCAGUCUUGUGUUCCUUCCGGGUACAAAGCUAUAGUUAACCGCUUGUUAUGGAGAGCAACUGGAUUUUGCGGAAGUUGUUUUGGUUUCCAGAGCGGUGUUAGGCCACAUUUGAGUCUUCUAUAUGGGAAUCUGACAGAGGAAGAGAGGACAAGAGCUCAAGAAAAAGUUAGUAUUCUGGAUGAGAGCAUUACUAGAAUGAGCUUCCCCAUAACUAAACUUGCACUGUACAAAAUUGACUACAAAGAUAAGAGUCUCAAAUCGUGGGAGAAGAUUGCUGAAUACAAUCUCCGAUAUCACAAUUAG